CCCAGACUAAGGACUCACUGAUCCUGGGUGAGCCUGCUUUAGGCACUGGCUGCCUCCCAAAGGUAGUGGGCUUUCACCCGGAGCUGGGUCUUGCACCCCCUUUCAAGUCUGCGCACUGUUCUCCCAUCCCCCAAUCUGCACAAGGUCUUGCUUCUGCAUACAAACCAUCACCAUCUGCCAAUCAUUCCACCCACCUGCAUCCAACAACUCGCCAACUUGUGAAUCAUCCACAAACGCAACUGCCAUCCCCCCGCUCUUGUUUAUCAGAACGUCCAUUCGCUUCCUUCUUUCUUCUUCCUUCCACAUCUUCCUCAUCAAAGGGAAGAUAUCACUGCAUCGAGACCGCCGUCAAGGUCGUCUCUUAUCGCCACUUACACGUCGACUCACGCACCUACGUCGCAACCUGCACGACUUUGAUCACUCGACCUACCUGCGCAACCACUUACUUGCCUUGCAGCCCAACCACAGACAAAGCGCUGUCGUUGCUUCUUCUGUCCAAGUAUAUCGUGUGAUCUUACACUCGAUUCUUAUCGCAGAACAUGGCUCCCGCAACCGUGUCGGCCCUUGGUAUGGCCCUCAACGGCAAGUCCGCGUCUGUCGACAUUCCAAAGCCACGCGAUGCGAUCAUGGGCCGGGACAACUUCAUUGCUGCACCGGCCUCCUCGAAGAAACACUCGGGCAUGUUGCCUACUCCUCCCAACUCCAUCUCUCCAAACCUCCCUCCUCACGGUCGUCGAGACAACCGUCAUCAUGGCCAAAUGUCUCCAAAGAGCACGGCUGUCGAUUCCGACAUUGACUUGCGCGAUGCCGGCGAUGACCCGCAACUCACCACCCUGAGCGCUGAGGCUCUCGAUAGUCUGGGUGAUUUGGACAGUGCUGGAGCUAUUACCCCCAGCAUGCUGGCCAAGCACCAUCUGCCAGAUAUCCUGUUGUCUCACGGUCCUCUGGCCAUCAGACACAUCAUGGGUUAUCUGACCACUACCGUGCCGGGCUUUUCGCGCAUCACUUCGGCCAAAGCCCGUCGCUUGGUUGUAGCCGCGCUCGAAGGCAAGGGUGGUAAUAUCGAGCGGGAUGGCGAGGUCAUCUUCGACAAGGUGGGCUGGGGAAGAUGGGAUGCUCGUAUCAAAGGGCAACCUCCUCGUGAGCGUCAGGGCACUGCCAUGACACCUCCAGGCAGUCUACCAUCGUCGUACUCUCAGCCUGGUCUGCAGGUUACGGGUCAGCGAUCCUGGCGUACGGGAUCUCAAGACCUAGGCACCAGCUACACAGGCAACUCCGCCGUCUUCUCUCACUCCGAGAUGGAGUACGAGGACCAGGAUAUGUUGGAGCACGAGGCCGACAAGAUGUCCUUGGAUGGGGAUGAUGAUGGCUACGUGUCAUCGAUCGCUCCAGAACCCCUCGAUGAGGACCUCGGAGAUGGUGAGAUCACGGAUGAGGAAGAUUGGGGCAGCAUUGGAGCGGAAGCACUUCGCGCGAGGUCUCUUCCCAACAAUGCGAGGUCGGUUUCUGGCCCUGGUCGGCUUUAUCAACCUAUCGCAACCUACUCUUAUCAGCCAAGGCAGAGGUCAAAGACUCCGGCUGACAUCGCUAGCACUCUCCCGACGAAAGCAGUGCCUAUCAACCAAGCAAACCCAUUCUCUUUUUCAAACAGCGCUGGCGUUAACGACUCCCAAGAAAGAGCUGCGAUCGAAGCACUCUUGAGUCUUGGUUCCAUGUAAUACUAUAAUGACUUUGGGGGUUCGACCCGGUUUGGCUGGUCGAACUCUGGUGGGGAUUGGGCAACAUGAUGUGUCGGCACUCGCACAUGACACUCUCUACGAGGAUGCACGGCACUCGCUCCAGUCCUUGGGACCUUUCUGGCGUUCUGGGAUACUUUAUUACGACAUUCCUCCACUGAUGAUGACCUCAAGACCUGGAGCCGCACGGGCUACGCUGGCUCGGUUUUCGUGGAUACCUUACUCUGUUUAUGUUUUUGCAGCUGUGGAAGUUGUCACUCGACUGGCCCUCCACUUCGAUUCUUGUCUCUACAACGGCCUCUACUCAAAGGGCUCGUUCUCUACGGAAGAGACUAUCUUACGACACUAUGUCUUUUAUAAUGCACAUUUUGGUUCAGUGCUGCACCGUAACCCAAUGAAUUUGGGAAGCAGUACAUCGACAAGUCUAAGCAGCAGGAAUGGAUAGAUGAGCAGAUGCUCGUUGCGCAGAGCGUUGUCGACUGGUCGUCUUCAUUGAUCGUACUGGAAAUAUCGUUCUGCAACUCUGUCAUGUUUACUCAUUGCACGGAGAAGUGAGUUUUAUGCUUAACAGAAAUAUUCACCGUCUGGUAUAUGGUGCAUCGCCUUGAUCAGAAGGUGCAGGUGAAGGAGAAAAACAGGUAUAGCUAGUGCUGUACCUUCAACACAUUUCAUUUGUUCGUGUGUGAGGCGGAGGCGCGAAUGAGGGCUUGCAAUCUGAAUGAGCUUGGUCCAAGUCGAUGUGAGAGAUCGAUUGUGAGGGCUAGCUGUCCAGGAAGGGAGGAGGUCCAGCAGUCGAAGCGAAGAAACAGCAGGAAGAAACAUCUUGGGGAGACAAGGAGGUGAACCUGAGACGGCACUGAGGACAGGUAUCUUCCCAAGAAGCGUUUCUCUUGUCUAUUCUCUUACCAUUGUAUUGUGGAUUCCCGAGCAUUUCUCUUCGCCUACUAUGGUGUGAGAGCUGAGUGAAGCUGGAAGAAUGGGGGAAGGGGAGAAGGGGAGCGUGGCGAAGGAAAAUUGAUAGUCGAGAACAGAAUAUCAAUUUCCAAUUCGAAAAA